UGGCGGACAACUGAAUAAUUGUUGCGAAUAAUCGGAACAAAUCAUCAUUUUACCACGCUCUUUAUGUGGUAAUAAAUCAAAUAUUUGCAUUUCAAAGGUUGGGUAUAAAAGACUGACCGGACCGGACCAAUUUCGCACCAACGGAAAUUUCCGUAGCGGUCGGGAAAUCGCUCGGAAGUCCUCAGAAUUUUGAUAUAAAAGAUUGUCCAGACCAGACCAUUUCCAAAUCAUAAUAAUGUAACGGUCUGCUGUAGGCGGCGGAUUAGUGUAACGGUCUGCUGUAGGCGGCGGAUGUGCUUUCAUAAUAACGUUCUGUUAAAACGGAAGUACGUUCAUACCAGAUGUAAACUUGGAAAGAUGACUUCCAAUAUCGAUGACUCCUUGAGGGAACAGAGCAAACUGCUGUUACGUAAACUUAAGGACAAACAGACCAAACUUCAAGAUAUUGUAAAUACCAGUUUGAGUGAAGACCAGUCAUUCACUGAACCAAAGUCCUUGAGUAUUACUUACUUGAAGAAGCAACCCGGGCAGGAUCCCGUGAAAAGAACCCCAGUAAGGAGGCUAGGCAGUGCUGAAAAGAAAAAUGUGAAAGAAAAGUUAGACACUUCCCUUGAGAAGUCGGUGCUGGAUAGGUCAGGCAGAGAGGGAAGAGCAAGGUUGCAUAAAAAAAGGUCAAAGUCUAAGGAAAACAGACCUCAAUCUGCCGGAAAAUCCCCUAAAAGAGCAGUUUCAGGGGAGAACAAAGAAAACUAUUAUAAAAACAGCCCGGAAAAGACUGUUCCAGAAAAAGUCAUAGAUAUUGACAAAGUUAAGAAAAACGGUGCCAGAAGCAAAGAAACCAAUACUGAGCUUGAAGAUUUAAGGAGAGAGAUCGAAGAACAAUGUGGGGCAGCUGGUGGUGAAAGAAAGGGGAACAGACAGCAGGCAGCAGGACCGACAACUCCAAAUACAGUGAGGAAGAGGAGGAUUAUUGAUCAAAAUGUGAAGGUGUCAGGAGUGGCAGACCUGAAUGCCAGUGAACUACUUCAAGAAUGUGAGGCAGACUUUACCCGCUUGAACUACAGCUACUCGGGAAUCGAUGAUAAUGACCUUCAGUUUCUCAGCAAGAGGCUUAACGCAGAAAAUGAGCAACCUGAGGAAGAUGCACCAGUGAGAGACACAGACACGGACACAAACCCCCCAGCUCGUUACUCACAGAAUCUCUCCCACCCAGGGAACUCCCGCAAGAUCGCCUCCUUCAUCAAGGAAUCCAAGAAACCCAAGUCAAUUCUCCUAGCUAACAAUAACAGCAGGCUCAACAAGUCUGGUAGCAGUAGGGUGAGUUUUCGCAGCCCCACACGGGACAGUUCUGGACAUCUGUCCUACUCAAUGGAUGCAUACUCCAAACAGCAGCAUAAAAUGCUCGGGUAUGACUGGAUUGCUGCCCUGAUGGAUAAUGACCCGGCGGGAGUUAACCAGUCUGAAACAUUCUUUGACGAGUUGAAAGAAUUCCGUAAGCUUAACCUGGAGGAAUGUGUCAACAAAGUGUACAUGGAUGGUCCCCAGGAAUUAUGGGAACAUCCGGAACGAGAACCGUCGCCUGUACAGCGCGCCUUAGAGGAAACAAGAAAGCGUGAAAAUCCAGUGUCAGAGGUGAAGCCUUACGUUGUGAAUGAUCGCCUGUUUGCGGAACCAGUCCAUCGCAGUCUCUUUGCAGACUAUGACUACCAGGAACCACAAACCAGUCAAGAAUCAGACACAAAGCCAACCUAUGAUGAACCAAGAUUUGUCAGGGUUAGUGUCCCCCGUUCUACACUGAAGACUCCCAGUCGGAUGAAGCCACAUCGACGGAACAGCUUUGAUGCUGCAGAUUCCAUGGCACUGUCGAAGCAUUGCAUGAUGGGGUUCAACACCAGCAAGCCAGCAAUGGUGCCUGCCUCCUCCAAUAUAGCCCUGCGGGAUGCCACGUCUGGAAUCAAGUCAGCAGUCCGCACAACUUUGGAUGAUGCAGAGACAUUAGCUGCUAACUUUCCGUAUGAAUGGGACCCUAAAGAACAAUCCAUCUGCCGUCCCUUACCAAGACCGACUUAUAAACCUGAGUCUUCCUACGCUGAUAGCAGCUGGCCCGCGGCCAUGAAGAGCCAGAGCCUGGCUAGUUGUCUCCAUACAUCCAGCAACUUUCAGCAGACAUCACAAAAUCUACAGAAAGCGACGGACGAGUUGUUGGAUUCUACCUACAGCCUCAUGUACGAGAUGAAAAGACUGAAAACUGAACGCAGCGAUCAUCCUAUAAAGCUGUAGUAUUAUAACAAAUGUCUAGGCUAGUGUCUGUGAUAGACUUCAUUUGAAGAGUUUUACUAUAUGCCAGUUUAUUCCGUCCAUUUCAUCAGGAGUGUGUUGAUUCCGUGAUGCUUGAUUUUCAUUAACUGUUGUUUCAAAGGUUUGAAAUGAGACAAAAUGAUUAACAACUUAUUGGUCAUCUCACAUCUCUUUUUUAAUUGUCAUUUGCCAGUUUGCAUAUUAAAGUCAUAAAUUUAGAAGUUUUAAUCAAUUGCUCUUAGAAACAGUAAACAUAUUUGGCUGCUCCUUUUAGAUUGGUUUUAUGAUUAUUUUAUCUUCACUACCAUACACACAGUUGAAACCAUAGUGACUGUAGCUACCAUAAGUAUCUGCUCAUCUGUUUUUCAAUGAAAAGUAUUAGGUAUGGUCCUAGCCUCGGUGUUGUUGUUGUUGUUGUUGUUGUUGUCAUUAUCAUACACAAACAUUAACCUUUGCCAAAAUUCAUAAAACAAGUGAAGAUAUUCCAAUGAAACUUGGUACACAUGUUGACAAUCAUCAAUUGUACAGCAAGGCCCAUAACUCUGGCUUAGAUAAUGGUUGAGCUAUGCACCAUAUUUCACUGAAAUAAGACCAGACGAGUGUGUGCAUUACCUCAAGGCUCUCUUGUUUUAUAUUUAUUGUACCUCUUAAUCGUGUUGACUUCGCAUCAGUGUAAAUGUUAACAGCUGUUCCCAUCAGGAAUAUCCAUGUUUUGGAAUUCACUAGAUAAAUUUAUUUAUACUGUGUUUCUCACUAACAUGUAUAGGUUAUACUCUGUUGAUGUUACAAAGCUUUUUUCUAUCAGUUAGAUAAUACAUAAGAACAACAACAACAAAAACAACAACAACAACAGUUAGAUAAUACAUAAGAACAACAACAACAAAAACAACAACAACAACAGUUAGAUAAUACAUAAGAACAACAACAACAAAAACAACAACAACAAAAACACCAUUUAACAGUGACUGACGUCGACAUCACUUUCUUUUACAUGAUUGCUUUUAUUUGAUAAAGGCAUACUUUCAAUGGUUUUGGUUUAAACAUUAUUUACUGUAUUUAUUGUAUACAAGUACAUUUAGCAAAGACGUACAACUUUUAGAGAUAAAACUUUAAAAAAAACACAUCUUAUGUUGUAGAAUUUAUAUAAUUGUAUAAUUAUGUUAAAUAAAUCAGUCAACAGUCUUUAUCUUUAGAUUGAAUAGUUUAUUUAUUUUUGUUUAGCUGUUUUCGCUUAUAAAAUAUUUAAUGCAUUUUGUAUAUAUGAUUUUUCUAUAAUUUAAUGGAAAUAAAAUUGAAUUU